CUCACCACAUCUUAGAGCCUUCCCUUCCCUUCCACCAUGGCCAGCUUCAGUUUCCAGUCAAGAGACUUCCUUGGAUACCCUAACCAAAACCCUAAUUACAAUCAUCUUUUAAUGGAUUAUCCGGUACCGGCACCAGAUUUCGAUCUUUCCGAUUACCUGAUACCUGAGGCUGGGUCAGAGGAAGAUUCAACUGCAACCAACAUAGGCUUUGGUUGUGAUAAUCAUCAGUUACAGAACCCAAUUCUGCAACUUGAAAAAGUUAGCAGCUAUGAUCUGAACGGAGACAGUGGAAGUGCAUCCACAAGCAGUGAAAUAAAAUGUAAGAGUGAAGUGAAGAGAAUCAAAAUGGAUGUGGGUUUCAGGGUUGCAUUUAGGACUAAAUCUGAGCUUGAAAUCAUGGAUGAUGGCUUCAAAUGGAGGAAAUAUGGGAAGAAGUCAGUGAAGAAUAGUCCAAACCCAAGGAAUUACUACCGGUGUGCAAGUGGAGGGUGCCAUGUGAAGAAGAGAGUGGAGAGGGACAGAGAAGAUUCAAGCUUUGUGAUAACGACCUAUGAAGGUAUCCACAACCAUGAAAGCCCUUGUGUGGUUUAUUAUAACCAAGUUCCACUCAUGGUUCCAAGUGGAUGGACCUUACAAGCUUCAAACUCAUCUUCUUAAAUAUAGAUCAUCUGUUGUGGGACUUAGCCGCCACCUUAUAUAGAUAUUUUCUAUUUGGAUUAAGGGAUAGAUGAUGUAAAGUACUUAUUAUAUGGUUAGUGCAGUGCAUCUGCUCUAUAGCUCUCACUCUCUAUGUGGGUUGGGAUUGUAAUUUAAUUUACUAGAAUAUCCUAUAAUACAUCUA